AAUCCUAAAUCUUAAUAGGAGCCAUUUGAUUAAAAAACAAAAAUGGUUGGAAAAAGAAAAUACGAGUACAGAGCUCUCAGUACUAAACAUCCAAUUUUCUGUUUCACUAUCAGCUUCCUCUCUCCAAAUCUCAGUCUGUCAUAAUGAAGAUGUACACUUUUGCUCAUCUCCUCAACAGGCUCAAAGUUGAAUUUUUGAAACCUUUUGUUUUCAUUCAUAUUUGAACCUCAAAGAUUGAAUCUUGAAACUUCUUUUUUUUUUUCUUCAUUGAAAUGGGUACUAGCAAGCAAAGAUGGAGAAUUUCAUUUCACAAGUCUCCAUCAAAACAACCUCCUAUUCCUAUAGAAUUUGUCUGUCCUAUUUCUGGUUCUCUCAUGGCUGACCCUGUAAUCGUUUCUUCAGGCCAUACUUUUGAGCGUCAUUGUGUUCAUGCCUGCAAAUCACUUUCUUUUACCCCUGUUCUUCCUGAUGGCUCUGUUCCUGAUUUCUCUACUGUGAUCCCUAACUUAGCUCUCAAGUCUACAAUCCUCAAUUUUUGCCGUUCUUCUUUUCUUGACCCACCAAAACCCAUCAAUUUUCUCACAGCUGAAAAUCUCGUUUUCACAUUGAAGGCCACCCGAAAACCCCAAGAUGCUACAAGAUUUAAUGGCGUCCGGGUUAUGCAGACGGAAACUGAACUGAACCGGGUACCGAGUCACAUAUCAAUGAGUUCAGAGGAAUCUGUGACUCCUAGAAGUGGACCCACUUAUUACUCUUCGUCGUCAGCCUCUGACUUUGAAACCCUAAACCCAAAUUCCUUUGAAGAAGAUGAACUACUUGUGAAAUUGAAGAGUUCCCAAAUAUCUGAACAAGAAGAAGCUGUCAUCUCGUUUCGAAAAUUGACCCGAACCCGUGAAGAAACCCGGUUCCAGUUAUGCACUCCGCGUAUACUUUCAGCUCUACGUGUACUCAUCACUUCAAGGUAUGUUUCUGUACAAGUAAAUUCAGUAGCGGCAUUGGUAAAUUUGUCGUUAGAGAAUCGAAACAAGGUGAAAAUUUUACGGUCUGGAAUUGUUCCGUCUUUGAUUGACGUGUUGAAAAGUGGAUUCCAAGAAUCACAGGAACAUGUUGCUGGUGCACUUUUCAGUUUAGCGUUAGAUGAUCAGAACAAAACUGCAAUUGGGGUAUUAGGAGCUCUGCCUCCACUUCUUCAUGCCCUUCGAUCUGAAUCGGAACGAACUAGGCAUGAUUCGGCUCUGGCUCUAUAUCACCUCACUUUAGUUCAGAGUAACAGGGCUAAAUUGGUGAAACUCGGGGCGGUUCAGGCAUUACUAGGCAUGGUUAAAACGGGUCAUAUGAUGGGUCGGAUUCUGUUGAUACUUUGUAACCUGGCUGCGAGCUCUGAAGGGAGAGCAGCAAUGCUUGAUGGGGGUGCAGUGGAGUGUUUUGUAUGUAUGUUGAGAAAGGGAGAGUUUGAAUCGGAGUCGACUCGUGAGAAUUGUCUUGCUGCAUUAUAUGGACUUAGUCAUGGUGGCCUUAGGUUUAAAGGGUUGGCAAAAGAGGCUGCUGCGGAGGAGCUGUUGAUACAAGUUGAGGAAAUGGGAAGUGAAAGGGCCAAGGAUAAAGUUAGAAAGAUAUUGGAGGUUUUGAGGCAGAAGGAUGAAGAGGAGGAAGUUGAUUGGGAGAAGUUGCUUAAUUCGGAUGAUGAUAUCAGUCAAGCACGGAUAAGUUCUUCAUAGCUCUUGUUUGUUUCUGUUUCUUCACUGUAUGCUAUUUCAUUCCUUUUUCUGAGAAAUGGCUUGUAAUUAGGCACGGUUUUCUCUUUGCAUAGCUUCGGAUAGCAUGAUUUUGGUUUUGGUUUUGCUCGUCGUGUCUUCUGAGGUCAUGUGACAGUUGACAUGGUAAAUAAUGUUGGAGGUGUAAAGAAAGAUUCUGAACAGUGUGUUUUAGUUUUUGGAGAAAAGAGGCUGUCUUUAACAUGAACUCAUUGUCUCCUAAUACUCUUCAAGCAAUGCUAUUUUCACUUUCUUGUGUGCCUGAGGCUUAUUCUAUGCACUGUUCGUGGCUUCCACAAGCCGCUGUCUAGUAAUUUGGUAUUUAUGCUGGAGUUGAUUGAUUGCUGCAACUGCGGAAGUUGUUAGAGAAUUGUUAUUCUCAUGUUUCUUUAAGGUCUGCAUUGCAAUAAACAUUGCUGCAGAGCAAAUGCAAUGAACUCCAGAGUUGUUUUUCAUUUUUGAGCAUCUUGAUGCUCAAACAGUGAAAGCAAGAAUGAAGAGAGUGUACCAUUGACACAAUCUUUACUCUGAUGUGAUGUGUGGUGCUACUGGGAAGGUUACAAUUUCUGCACUAAAAUUUUUACACUGGACUUUUAGUGCAUGAGCAAUAGCUACAAUUGCUCAAGUAUUUUUACACUGGGAUAAGUUAAUGUAUAACUUCUGAACCCUGCUUAGCCCUUCCAUUCUCUUUUAUUUCCUUAAUGCUGACUUUUACAUGCCAACAAUUUUGAAAGAUUUUUCA